UACUGGAUUCGUUGAUAACUUGUAGUCAGCUAGUCUUUGACAUUAUGGCUGGAUGGGAUUUAAUUGAUCUUAAACUUGUUGAAUUUACGUAUUUUAUAACAUUAUGUGUUGUAAUCUAUUCUGUGGUUAGUUCAUCGAUUUGUGCAUACUUGUUAUCAGUGUUUACACUUUAUGUAUGUUUGAAAGUUAUUCGUAAAAAAUCUACAGAGACAAUAGAGAUUAAGCACCAAGGUGUUUUUAUCACUGGUUGUGAUACAGGGUUUGGACAUGAUCUGGCUAGAAGACUGGACAGUCUACAGUUUACAGUUUUUGCCGGGUGUCUUCAUCCAGAAGGUGACGGAGCUAAGAAAUUAAAGGCAGCGUCAUCCAAACGCCUGCAUGUUGUUCCCCUAGAUCUUGGAUCAGAUGAAAGUGUACAAGAAGCACAUGGCUAUGUUUUAAAACAUCUACCAAGUAGUGGUUUGUGGGCGAUUGUAAGUAACGCCGGAUUUAACGUCAUGGGCGAUGUAGAAUUGUGUACCAUCAAUUUGUACAAGAAGGCCAUGAAUGUCAACUAUUUUGGUGCUAUACGUACAAUCAGAAAUUUCCUUUAUAUGGUCCGUAAAAAUAAAGGAAGGGUUGCAAUUGUAUCAAGCGUAAGGGGGCGGUUUUCAUUUCCGGCUGAUUCAGCAUAUCACGUGACAAAGCAUGGACUGGAAACAAUGGGAGAUAGUCUCAGGCUAGAGAUGCUUAAGUUUGGUGUUCAAGUGUCAAUAAUCGAACCCGGUUCUUAUGCUAACGUCACUUCAUCUCUAAAUGAACAUGUUUUUGACCGAUACAGAGAAGAGGCGGAUGAGAUGUGGAAAGCAGCGACGGAGGAUGUACGCAAGACAUAUGGUAGAAAAUACGUUGACGCGGAAAUUGCCAAACAGAAAAUUGGGGGACCUGGAAAUGCCUUAACCUCUAAACCAGUCAUAGACGCUUUAGAAGACGCUAUCGUUAGUGAACGCCCACAUACAAGAUAUCUUGUCGAUGGGGGAAUCUGGUUUGACCGUGAUACAACCCUGGCCCGGUACUACGACUAUCUUCCAACUUGGCUGACAGACUGGCUCAUUAUAAAAUGGUCUGGUUGUGAUAAGUUCCCGGACUACAAGAAGCUAAAGCUAGACUGAUACAUUCAGUGUAAUAUGAUGUUAUUAGAAUUCCAUCAAUUGUUAUUGUGAAUAUUAAUUAAAAAAGUAAAGAAAUUUGACAACAG